CACAUCCCUCUCCGCCCCAGUCCUCCCUCACCACCUCCAUCAUCAUGGCCACGGCGGUGGUGACGGCGCCUCCCCAGGCCGAGCAGGUCAAGCACGCCAAACAGCAAGUCGUCGAUCGCAUCCCCGCCCGCAUCAAGCACAUCCAGUUCGGCAUCUUUUCAAACGACGACGUCGUCAGCCAGGCCACCCUCGAGGUCUCCGACCGCAAUGUCUACGACCUCGCCCCGGCAAACGCCGGUAACCAGCGCUCCCACACCUCCAACGGGCCCAUGGAUCCGCGCAUGGGCACCACCACCAAAAACACCUUCUGCGCCACCUGCGGAGAGGCCCCCGAGAAGUGCAACGGUCACUUUGGUCACAUCAAACUGGCCCUGCCCGCCUUCCACGUCGGAUAUCUGAAGCACAUCAUCGAGAUUCUCAAUUGCAUCUGCAAGGACUGUUCGCGCGUCAUGCUCGAGGAUGACGACCGCCGCCGCUUCCUCCAUCGCAUGCGCCGCCCGGGCCUGGAUACCCUGGAGAAGACCAAGCACGCCAAGUCUAUCCUCGAAGCUUGCCGCAAGAUGAAGAACUGCCCUUACUGUGGAGGUCUGAAUGGAACCGUCCGCAAGGUUCCCGGCCACCCGCUGAAAAUCAUUCACAACCGAUACGAUGCAUUCAACCGCUCUACUGCCAAAAACAAGACCGCCCCACCCGGCAAGGUCGAGUUCGAUCAAUCCAUGCAGACUGUCAGGGCUGCCCUGCCCGAUGUCGACAAGCAUUUGAAAAAAGCCGUCGAUGACAUGCAUCCGCUGCGUGUGCUGAAUCUCUUCAAGAGGAUAUCUCCCGAGGACUGCGAACUGCUCUCCAUGAUUCCCGAAGACGCCCGCCCCGAGAUGUUGAUCUGGCAAUAUCUCCCCGUUCCCCCUGUCGCCCUUCGUCCGUCCGUCAUGCAAGAGGCUGGAGCUACCGAAGACGACGUCACCAACAAGAUCGGUGACAUUUGCCAGAUCAGCAGCAUCAUCCGAGCUGGUCUCGCCCGCGGCUGCUCCCUCCAGAUUCUCAUGGAACAAUGGGAUUUCUUGCAGCUGCAAAUCGCCAUGUACAUCAACAGCGAUGCUCCCGGCUUGAAGCAGCAGGGUCUGCAGAAGACGAUGCGCGGCUUUUGCCAGCGCUUGAAAGGAAAAGGCGGCCGUUUCCGUCAAAAUCUUUCGGGAAAACGUGUCGACUUCUCCGGUCGAACCGUUAUUGGUCCCGACCCCAAUCUCAGUAUCGAAGAGGUCGCCGUCCCCGAGCGCGUCGCCAAGAACCUCACAUACCCGGAGAAGGUUACCAGGUACAACUUCGAGAAGCUCAAAAAGCUCGUCCGCAACGGUCCCAAUCGCUAUCCAGGCGCGAACAACAUCGUAAAGAGGUCAUCCGGCUACACCACCCUGCUGCAGGUCAUUGCACGCAAAGAUCCCAACGGUACGCGCCUCAAGGAGCACUCGGAGAAACUGCAGAUUGGAGAUGUCGUUGAGCGGCAUCUCGAGGACGGCGACAUCGUUCUGUUCAACCGUCAGCCAUCUCUCCACAAACUGAGUAUUCUCAGUCAUCGCGCCAAAGUUCGGCCUUGGCGGACCUUCCGACUGAAUGAAUGCGUGUGCAACCCUUACAACGCCGAUUUCGAUGGCGACGAGAUGAAUCUGCACGUUCCCCAGACGGAGGAGGCCCGCACCGAAGCGACCGAACUCAUGGGUGUUAAAUACAACUUGGCUACCCCAAAGAACGGGACGCCCAUUAUUGCAGCCAUCCAGGAUUUCAUCACAGCUGCCUUCCUUAUGAGCAGCAAGAGCAAUUUCUUCGACCGAAAGACGUUUUGUUACAUCUGCAACUUCAUGUUCAAGGGCGAAGGCGCCUACGACCCCGAUACCGGAGACUACCAAGGCAUCGAGAUACCCCCUCCUGCCAUUCUGAAACCCCAGGCCAUGUGGACGGGCAAACAGGUUUUCAACGUCAUGAUGAGACCCAACAAGAAGUCUCGCGUUCUGGUCAACUUGGACGCCGCAGGAAAACAGUUCAAAAAGCCCAAAGAUCCAAAGGACCCUGGAGACGGCAACCCAGACGACUCCCUGCUCGUGAUCCGAAACUCAGAAGUUAUGUGCGGACCCAUGGACAAGGCAACAGUGGGAGAUGGUAAGAAGGAUUCGGUCUUCUACGUCAUAAUGAGAGAUUACGGACCGGAUCAUGCUGUUCAAGCCAUGAACAGGCUUGCAAGACUGUCCGCUCGAUGGCUCACCAACAAGGGCUUUUCUUUGGGUAUUAGCGAUGUCACCCCGGGCGAUGAACUAAACCGAAGGAAACAACUUCUCAUUGAUGAAGCAUACGCCAAAUGUGAUAAACUCAUUAGAGACUACAAGGACGGAAAAUUGGCACGAGAUGCAGGUUGCGACGAAGAGCAGACCAUGGAGAACCGCAUCGGUGGUAUCCUUUCCGGUGUCCGUCAAGCUGCUGGUGACAUUUGUUUCGACGAACUUAGCAGAUGGAACGCUCCCCUUCUCAUGGCUCGAUGUGGUUCCAAAGGUUCCAACAUUAACGUGUCCCAGAUGGUUGCGUCUGUGGGACAGCAGAUGAUUGGCGGUGCUCGAGUGGCGGAUGGCUUCCAGCACAGAACCCUACCCCAUUUCCCCAAAGCCGCACGUCAGCCCGCAUCAAAGGGUUUCGUCAGCAACAGUUUCUUCUCAGGUCUGUCUCCCAGCGAGUUCAUCUUUCACGCCAUGAGUGGCCGUGAAGGUCUCGUCGAUACGGCUGUCAAGACGGCAGAAACCGGUUACAUGAGUAGACGACUAAUGAAGUCUUUGGAGGAUCUGUCUGCCAUGUACGACAAGACCGUGCAAAACUCGUCGGGCACGGUGGUGCAAUUCACUUACGGUGUAGACAAUCUGGACCCGGUGGACAUGGAGGGUAAAGCAACACCAGUCAACUUUGAACGUACCUUCUUGGAUGCCGUCACCACCAACUGGAACAAUGUGGAGCCAACGAUGUCUCCUGAUCAGGUCCGAACUUACACAAAAGAUUGGCUCGACAAGGAGCGUGCCAAGCUGACACGUUACAAAUUGGACGGCGUCACCUUGCUGGAUUACGCGGACAAAAGCGACAUGGCUGUGGAUGAGCAUGAAUCCCUCCGAGAUUACAUCGACACGGUGCAGGCUUUCGUCUUCAAGAAAGCGCAGCUGCUCGAAACAACGAUUGCGCGGCACGACGAGCCUUUGCCUGCCGACCCGCUCAAGGAACGCACGGUGCAGGACACCAAAAGGUACGGCAUCGUCGAUGGCAUCGCCAAGAUAUCCCAGACGACGCUCUCAAGGUUUCUGGAGCUCUGCUGGAACAAAUACAAGCGCUCCGAGGUCCAGCCAGGGCACGCCGUCGGUGCUAUAGGUGCCCAAUCUAUCGGUGAGCCUGGUACGCAAAUGACGCUCAAGACUUUCCAUUUUGCUGGUGUUGCCGGUAUGUCCAUCACGCAAGGUGUGCCCCGUAUCAAGGAAAUCAUCAACGCUUCCAGCACCAUCUCGACGCCUGUCAUUGCCUGCGAGCUUUCCAACAAGGCCCUCGAAUCCGCCGCUAGGAUCGUCAAGGCCCGUGUGGAAAAGACGUAUCUACGGGACGUCAUCUCGUACGUUGAAGACGUUUGGCAUCCUACUGGCGCCUACAUUGAAAUGCGCAUUGACUGGGACACCAUCACCGCGCUCUUUGUAGAUGUCUCGCCCCACGAGAUCAAGGCAGCAAUUCUCAGCCACAAGCCGCUGAAAUGGGGCAAGGCCGGUGCCGACGUACACGUGCACGGCAACCGGAUCCGCAUCCAGGUUCCCGACCCGAGCAACGACCCCAAGCGCGCCUCCGCUAAACCCACCAAGAACCAGAAAGAAUACUUUGAACGCGUGCAACAGGUCAAGCAGCUCAUCCCCGACGUAGUCAUCAAAGGCUACCCCGACUGCCAGCGCGCCAUCAUUAAAAAGGACUCGAAGCCCAACGACAAGGGCGAAUACGAAUGCCAGCUCCUCGUCGAAGGCUACGGUCUAAAAGCUUGCAUGACCACCCCCGGUAUCGAAGGCCACAAAACGACAUCCAACUCGGUCAUGGAAGUCAAGCAAGAGCUCGGCAUCGAAGCCGCCCGCACGACCAUCAUCCGCGAAAUCGGCGCCGUCAUGAACAACAUGGACAUCGACCCCCGCCACAUGCAGCUCCUCGCCGACGUCAUGACGUUCAAAGGCGAAGUCUACGGCAUCACGCGCCACGGCCUCCAGCGCUCCCGCGACUCGGUCCUCCAGCUCGCCAGUUUCGAGAAGACGCCCGACCAUCUCUUCGAAGCUGCCGCAAAAGGCAAAAUCGAUAGCAUCGACGGCGUCAGCGAGUGCAUCAUCAUGGGCCAGCCUGUCAAGCUCGGCACCGGCGCCAUGAAGGUUUACCGUCCGUUGAAUCUUGCACCUGGCGAUGUCGGCAAGAAACAGACCAUGUUUGAGGAGGGCUGGGAUGCGUUGGUGUAUGGUGGUUGA